CAAGUGACCGCUUUGCGCUGAAAGAAUCAGCGGUUUUCGGAGUGAAAAAUUGUCCCGAUUACCGUGUUGGCCACAUCCGGUUAGCACGUGCGAGAUCGAUUGAGAACCUGUGCGAGUGGUUUCCAGUCUGCCGGGCGUAAUCAGCGAACGAAAAACCAUCUACCAACCGAAUCGCAUUAUUUGUUUGCUUGCCACUGAGCGGUGCAAACAUACAUUGACCUUGCGCGGUCUCGAAACCCGAUUUCACGAUGACAAAGAUAAAGCUGUUCAUUAACCGGAAUCUCGUGACGAUCGUGAUGAUUCCGUCACUGUUCGGCCUGCACUGGGCGUGGAAUAGUUUGCAGCACAACACGGCGCUGGUUUCGGAAAGCGAGCGCCGAGACCUACCGAUCUCGAUAGCAGCGAAAGCCUUUUGGGAACGUGUGGACAGUAAAACGGAUCUGGGGCCAGAUAAAUAGCCAUCAGUCCCGCCCGUUCAGCAGUUGACUUUCAGUAUAGUGGUUGCCUACAUUACGAGGGCAUCAUUGCGAGAUGUGGAAAAUAUACUGCGCUUGGCAUAGUUCUCGUUUGUUUCUGAUUCUCUGAUGAGGUAGCGGAUUAUCGACUCCUGCUGAAAAAAUAGGCAUGCAAAGUGCAACGUUUUUAAAACUGGUUUAACCCGUUACAGCUCAAAAG